AUAGACCGAUCCUGAGACCUAAGUGGAGCAGAGCUUUACAACCUUGACUCUACCAGAGAUUGCAGCACUAUCGAAUCAUUGAGAGGAAGCAUUGACUGCAGCGGACUAUUCACGCGUACCUGUAUCAUCACAGCGCCAUACGGACCUUUUUUGUUUUUUUUUUUUUUUUUUUUUCGAUUCAAGCUUGUGAUAACCCGAUAAGAAAAGAAGCACCCCCCUGCCAAGGCAAGUUUAUCCUAUACGGGGUACUUCUGGAGACCGGCAGGCUGCCCUAGAAGGACUUUUCAGGUCCAUAAGUCUCUUCCCGGGAGAAGGAAAGCAAAGCCCUUCUCCGAUCAGCUCCACAGAUCUUAGAUCUUCCAUCUCAGAGCACCUGGAUCAUGCCGCCGCAACAACCCCCAUCUCGCCGCCUCCUCAUCUUCCAGGAGGCUCGGCACCCUCAAACAGCCGAGGUCGUCUACUUGCCCGUCAAUAAACUGGGGCUGCCCAUCUGUGGUGAUGGACCCGAUUUGCCUUCGAUCUUGGAGUUGCCGUUGCGCAUCUUGAAAGCCUUUACAGAGAUUUUCAAUCAGCCUAAGUAUAAAGGAUGGGCUAUUGUAUCUGCGGGGCCGUAUCAUGACACCUCGGAGGAAGGGAAGUAUUAUGCUGUUGUGCUGGAGCAGACGACGUCGGGACAGACGACGUCAGGGCAGCAUACGGAGUCGAUGGGGUCGAUGUUCUAGGUUGCAAGCGUGGGCGAUUGGUGACGAUGACGAUGGUUUCCGGAUGUUUUAUGUUAAGCUAAUAUUUGUAUAUUCUUAUGAUACGAUGGUUGCUUUUGUGCUUGCUUGCUGAUCGUGGUUGGAUGGUCUGCCCGUUGAGAAAUCUGUAGUAUUUCUGUCCUGUCUUCUGCUGGUGGUCGUCGCUG